GUCAAACCCACAAUGAAUGCUCUUAUUCAAAGAAGUGGUUUUAUAUAUAUAUAAAACAUUAAAAAAACAUCCGAACGCUGAAUAUUUAUAACUCCGAAACUAAAGCGUGAUCACUUUUGAACGUUGACCAUACUUUUGUAAGUAUUUUGGCUUUAAUAAGCACUAAUUCUUGAUGAAUGGACGAAUUAGGUUGAAAAUAAUUUUAUAAUUGCAAUUAAUUAAAACGCUUUGAAAAGUGUGUAUUUUAAUGUUUCGUUACAAAAACUGACUUAUAUCACCGAUUCAGCAUGAAUGGACACCAAAUUACUGAAGAUAGACGUAAAUAAUCAAGAAAGAACAAACCACGAUUGAUACGAAAGAAGAAGAUAUGAAUAACAUGUACAAUAUUACUGCAAGUAACUCAUCCGUUAAUCCAAACACGUCGUUGGUUUUUGAAGAAAAUGUUUGGUGUUCAGAAGCCAGCACCGUGUUUUUGUCAACUGAUGCUGCAAGAAUCAAUUUAAUAGCAUUUAGCGUUGCUUCAGUUAUAUCCUCUCUCUUAACCGUCGUUUUUAACGGAACAUACAUUUUUAUCGUUCUGCGAAAUACUAAGCUGAGAAGUUCAGUAAACAAGCUGUAUAUCCUGCUAUCUAUUCUAGAUGCCAUAGCUGGUCUAUCUUUUAUACCAGUCUACUCGCUGUUUUUGACUGGAUUUGUGGAAAGAAAUCCAAAAUGUGAGCUCGUUCGUGUUUGGACGGUUAUGUCGUAUACGUUUAUCGUAAUGUCUGUAUCAGCUAUCGCGCUCAUCACGAUCGAAAUAUAUUUAGCUAUUUUUAAACCAUUCACUUACAAGCGGUUUGUUCAGAAUAAUACGUUAAAUAACCUGUUACUAGUGAUAUGGGUGCCGUCUGUGGCAUUCCCCAUUGUGUGUGUUUACGCUUUCCCAAAUUUAGUGACAGUUGUACGAAUUUCAUCUACAACCUACUGCUUGAUAAUAUUUGUCAUACUGGUUAUUUGUCAGAAGAAAAUCUACAACUACUUUUGCAGGAGAGAGAACCAAGGUAAUCACCGAAAGCGAAAAGCUGCAAGGAUAGCUUUACAAAUUCUUCUCGUUUUUGGUCUGUGCAGUUUUCCAGCAGUUAUGGCGAACGUGGUCAACCGCGUAUUUUUCAAUUCAAUUGUAGUUGACACGUAUGUGAAUCGUUGGUGCAACUUUUUGGUGCAAUCUUACUCGGUAUGGGAUACAUUUAUAUAUGGUUUCCGGUCAGCAGCUGUCAAGAGAGACUUAAAGAAUUUAUGCCACCAGGGAGAAAAUGAGCCGUACAAUAAUUCUGAUAGUACUCAGAUAUCAAAACACGCCGUAACAGGGAAUUUGUAACAAAAAGAAUCCACAUCUGUGUACACAGCUGACAAUUGCAAUGAGUGUAGGGAGUAAAUUAGUUAAAAAUUAUAUAUUUAACAGUUGAAGGUGGCCAAUUACGGCCUUUUUCACGCAGCAUUUUUUUUUUCAUUAAAUUUGAAACAAUUCUUUUUAAAUAAUCUAACAUGUAAAAUAUGGAUGCUUUAGCGCCCGAUGUUUGUUUUUAGCAAGCUUUACAAGUGUUCAAAUCUGAUUAGGCAAUUUACCUUCAAAAUAAUGGAAAACUUGGAGAACUCUUCUGCCUCUAUAACACACAAAUCUGAUCAGAGGAUUCGAUAGAAGACAGAAACUAUUGAUCAAUUUGAGGUUAAACGCAGGAUUUGGGCUCCUUCCCUGGCCAACUAGUUGAUUGACUUUCUAACAACGCCCAAAGUAACGCUUUACAAAACAUUGACCUGUGUUUAUUGCGUUCCAAACCAUACAUUGAGUUUUUUGGCAUUCUUAACAUGAACUUUUUCCUCGUCAAUACCAAAUGUAAUUCAGCUACAGUUUAGUUAGUAGCUAGUAUACUAAUACAAAAAAAACUGUUUUUUUUUCUAACGCAGUUUACAUUGUAUUUAUUAACUGCUAGCUAUUUUGUUUGAGAUUGUAGAAAGCAGGAUUAUUUUCUAAAGAUUUACUUGUGACAACGGUUAUAAAAACAAGGUUUUGUUGAAAAAAGAAAACGUUUGAAUUGAAUUUUAUAGUUUCAAUUUUUCAAAUACAAACACAUUUGAAUAACCAUAUAUAUAGUUUUUUUAACCAAAUUACUUAAAAAAAAUUGACGGCGUUUUGCCUGUUGCGCUUUUGCUGAUGAAUGUUUAUAUUAAAAACGCAGUCAUGUAUGCACCAUCGAACAUAGAUUUAACAAUAUUAACAUUUCUUGUUGAUGAAAUGAAUGUAGUGUUUGUGAUACUGUGUGAACGACCUUUUUUUACUACGGUUGAUCGAACUGACUAGGUCUGACAUGUGUCAUUGCUUGAAGCCGUGCGAUACGAUUUAAAACUUUCAAUGUUUUUGUGACCACUUAAUUGAGAAAAGUGAAUUAAUUGAACGCCAUUGUUAGGAACAGUAAAAAAAGCUGUUUUGUGGCAGAGUGAUUCAAAAUUUUGGAUUUACUGCAACUUGAUUUGUGAGUCUGUAUGUAUAUAGCUAUGUUUUAUGGUUGAUAUAAGGUUAAAAGUUAUACCAUGCUGUAUAAAGCUCGUCAUUAAGCUUUUUCAGCCAAUAAGCGCUGCGGAUUCCCCGUAUAAACAGGUUAAAAAUAUAUUUUAGUUAAUAAUAGUGUAUAUAAAAGCAUGACGCAUCACCUUGUCCGUUUGUAGACUGAGUUUCCAAGGUGGAACAGAAUCGGCGGCGUCAGACUUCCACAACAGCUUAUAUAAUUUACUCAGGAUUGAGUGGUCCGUUGAUGUACUAAUUUCCAUAAUUUGUUCAUUGUCAUACAGCGAAAUAAACAACCAUGAAAAUAAGACUUUCAUUUUCAUGAGAUAAAAUUGGUUAUCCGAAACAUUUUCCCGCAUACCUCAUUGCAUUAUUUGUACGAAUUUUUAUACCGGGUAUUUGUAAUAGUUCAGAAACCACUAUAUUCAUUAUUUCUCAAAAGUUGUGGAUUUCAUUAAAAAAAUAUUUAUUACAUAUACAAGCAAAUUAAGUUGUCUAUAAGAUAAUAUCAAUAUAAAUACAAAAUUUAUUUAUUUAUUUAUUUUAGAUAGCCAUAAAUCAACCUUCUUUCUUACUAAAACGUCUGAAACUCUC